AACCUUUCUCUUUAUCCGGCUCCAGCGCCAGCUACAGAGCUCCAGCCAGCAGCAGAAGCAGAGCAGUGGGCAGUGGUGGAGGUAGAGCUGGCUCCAGCUCUGUUGACAUCACCCCUUCUAGCGCUGGAGCCAGCGUCCCCUCUAUCAGCAGUGUUGGCUCUGGGGCAAGGGCCAACAUCGGCUCCAGCAGGAGUGAGAACUGCUGAGCUGGAGUCACCUGGACCAUCAUUUCUAGUGGGAAAUCCAUCUCCACCUGUGCUUGUUAAGCAGCGUGAGAAGAAGCCUAACAUCAUGGCCUUCCCUCCUAAGCUGGUGGUGGAGCAGUUGACCGUGAUGGAUGCGGAGCUUUUCCGGAAGGUGUUGCCCUCUCAGUGCCUGGGCUCCACCUGGGGCAAGAGGAACAAGCCCAGCAAUGAGCACCUGGCACCCACUCUCCAGGCCACCGUCGACCACAUCAGAAGGGUGGCCAGCCUCGUCAUCACCCCCUGCCUCGGGGACCCGAGCAUAAGGGUGCUGGACAGGGCUAGGGUGGUGGAGCACUUGAUCCAGGUGGCCCAGGUGUGCUGUGGGAGGCCCAGUGGAGCCCCUCUCUGGAGCCUUGGGAACUGA